UUGUUUAUCUAAUUCCAUGACAACAGGCUGACUUAUGCUCAUUGAUAGUUAACAAUUCCUUUAAAAGUGUUAAUAUUUAAUUCAUUUAAAACCAAAGCUGAGAAAAUAAUGACUGCAGAAAUUAAUUUUUCUCUCAUUGAGAAGUCGUGUAAAGUUAAGGAAACGGAGGAAAAAAAGGCAAAAAACAGGAAAAUAAAUUUAAUGGUAUUGAUAAAGCAAUACUUGCUUGAUGAAGGAUAUGUUGAGACUGCUAUGCAAUUUGAUUCAGAAGCGAGAGUCCCGAAUAUGUACGCUCUUUGUGACAAUAUUGACCUGUAUACAGUUGUAAAAGACUAUGAAUGCUACUACUAUCUGAGGUUCCAAAAAUAUCCAAAAAUUAGCAAGAAACUGGAAUCCCCCGUGAAUGCUCCAAUUGUUAAGAGGAAUCAAGAUAAAAAAUUGUUUAAGAGCAAAGAAAUAAAAAAUCCAUCAGCAGGGGAUGCAAAUGAAAAUUUGAAAGUCAACUCUUCCUCAUUGUUUAUUACCCAAGUUGGUCAAAAUGACGGUCAUGAACGUCUCUGGAAAGGUUUGGGCCAUUUUGAAGGUUAUUCUGAAGAAUGGAGAAGUUUUGCUGACAUAAUAUCAAAAGAGGUAAUAGACAGAAAUUUGAAUGUUAAAUGGGAUGAUGUAAUUGGUUUGGAUACUGCAAAACAACUGCUGAAAGAAGCUGUUGUUUACCCAUCUAAAUAUCCUGAAAUGUUUGAAGGCAUUCUAACGCCAUGGAAAGGGCUUUUGCUCUUCGGUCCUCCCGGAACUGGAAAAACUCUUCUCGCAAAAGCCGUUGCUACAGAAUGCAAUACAACUUUUUUCAACAUAUCCGCUUCAUCCUUGAUCAGUAAAUGGAGAGGAGAGUCUGAAAAACUUGUUAGAGUGAUGUUUGAAUUGGCAAGACUUCAGGCACCUUCCACUAUUUUCAUCGAUGAAGUUGAUUCGCUAGCUUCAAAAAGAGAAAGUCCAACUGAACACGAAGCUUCGAGAAGACUGAAAUCUGAAUUUCUUGUACAGUUGGAUGGAUUAAUUCAAUGUGAUAAAAAAAUAUUUCUCCUGACCACUUCAAACCUCCCAUGGGAUCUAGAUACAGCAAUUCUUCGACGUCUUGAAAAACACAUAUUUGUAGACUUGCCAAAUACAGAAGCUAGGAAGAAAUUACUCAAGAGAUAUUUACCGCCAAUAAUUAACACUAAAUUUAAACUUCAAGUUAACAUAGACUAUCCUGCACUCGCUUCCAGAUGUGAAGGGUAUUCAGGAUCAGAUAUCAAACUGGUCUGUAAAGAAACGGCUAUGGAAGCUAUGCGUCCACUAUUCCCUGUUUUAGGAGACGGUGUCGAAUUGAGCAAAAGAGUGAAGAAUUUGAAACCAAUCGAAACAUCAGAUGUAUUGUGUUCCUUCGAAAGGACAAAGCCAACAGUGUCUAAUUUGGAUAAAUUUAAGGACUGGCAAAAUAAACAUGGUUCAACACAUCACAGCAUAUAAAAUGUUUAAAUGGCAUUUUGCAUUAAAUAUUUUCCAAAAUUUGUUAACAAAAAAAAAAUCUAUAU